AUGGGAUAUUUCUACUACAGCUACCACCAUGAGAAUCUCUGGGAUGAGACUACCGAUUUGAACUAUAGAUGGUUUGCAGACUCUUACCAAAGAAUAUUUCUCGCCGCCUUUGCCUUUGACUGCCUCACCUUUCUCGCACUGAUUACCUUCCUCGUCUGGGCAUGCACUAUUCGGCCUUCAAACCAGCCCCUCAAGGGUGUUAUAGCCGCACUUGUGAUGUGGAUAUGCUUCGAACUUCUAAGCCUGAUCUAUGAGAUUCUGGAGCUGGCGGCUGCAGAAGUGAAGCAAUACUAUGUAAUCAUCUUCAUGCUGGUGGAACUCUUCUUCGUGCUCUUCAGCUGUGUACUUUUCCUUGUCUUCUACCAAACGAUACACAUGCUUCUGGACCGCCUCACCGACUCCGGAAAACCAUAUGCGCCUCUACGCAUCAUUCACUGGACCAUACUUGGACUGGUUUCUGUCCUCUCCCUCGCCGAGUUCGCCGUUAAUGUCGCGCUCUAUUACAAAGACGUCGAGCAGACCCUCACCUACAUCUUCAUCGAGAAUAAGCGCAAGCUUUACAGCGCCCUUUGUAUCAUUUACUUCAUCAUGGCAUUUGAGAUUCUCGUUUGGACCAUCUUUGUGACUGUGAAGGCGGGCACUCAUCGUUUUGCUUCAAGGAUGCCCCUCUUCUCUCUCAUCGCUGCAAGCGUGUGUUGGUUCGGGUACACUUUGAUGUGGGGCAUCGUUGCUAUUCGAUACUAUCUUGCCAUCACCGUCGUGACCAAUACUGCGGACUAUCUAGCUAUUGUCGAGUCGGUUUUCGGGUUUGUGUUUGUUGUUGGAAUUUUCACUGGCCUUUUGCUGUGUCUCAUGAACUGGUUCAAGCUUGGUGGUGAUCAUGAUAAGGCUCCUAAUUCGGUGCAGCAUCCUUAUGAUUCUAAUCAAGUCUUUCAGACGUGGCAGCCUUAUCAGCAGCAGCAGCAGCCGCCGCAACCACAGCUUGUGCAGCACCAUCGCUGA